CGUUAAUUACGCAAGAAACUGGUGAUAGCAAACGCAAAUAACACUUCGUUCGCAACCUUUACAAUUUGCGUUACCUUGAUUAAGUCACCGCAUAAAAUAAUGUGAAAAAAUCCGUAUAUGUGAAAUAAAAAAAUGCCCGUCUAUUUGGAAUUCCAGAAGAUCAAGUUUAAAGACCCUACGACGUUGUUAAAGAUUGUGGUGGUAAUUCACUAUUUAUUAUCAGUACUUGGUGCCAUAGGUAGUUUUAACCCAUUCGUAUAUUUAUUUUACAAUUUCGUUGUAAUAUUUCUAUUAAUAUGGAGCAUAUAUGGAAAAAAUGACGAACCUCUAAAAUUGGCUAUUGUUAUAAAUAUGUGCUCAAUAAUUUUAGACGCUUUAUAUAUAGUAGCACUUGCAGAUGAUUUAUCAGGUUUUAGAAAUUCUUUAUCAGCUGCUGCUUCACUUAUACACUUAAUUUUUAGACCUUUCAGCAUUUUACUUUUGAUAAAAAAAGAGGAAAAACGAAAUAUUCCUAUUGAUACUGUUUGUUCUAGAGAAUCCGGAUAGAGAAACUCAAACUGUGGAAAAUUACGAUUUUCCGACCUUUAAGAAAAAUAAACUAGUCAUAUCUUAAUAAUUAGUGAUAAAAAUGAGAUUUUCUACAGGUGGCUCACAAAAAUGUACUUGCUCACUUUCCAAAUGAAAGUUUCCAUAAUCAUCAAUCAUUUUGAAAAAUUUCUGCAUUUAUGAGAUACAGAGUUGUCAAAAUGGUCGUAAGUUUGUGUAAGUGAUUUUAUCAGAAAAAAAAGAAUUUGUAAAAAUUUUGAAGGAAAUAAAACACUAGUAGUAACAAAAAA